AUGAACGUGGACAGAUUUCUAGCAAGAUGUCCCAUAGAGGGAGAACACAAGUUCGUGGUGAGAGAUUGUCCGGCAAGUGAGCACUUUUGGUGCGACUUAUGUGGCCUAGAUGGAAGCGGGAAGAGACACAAAUGCAAGCAUUGCAAUUAUAAGCUCCACGACGAUUGUUACAAUGCAAGGAAAGAGAUGAAAUGCCCCUCGAGACCUGGAGGUGGUCAUAAGUACUUGACCAGAGAUGCCUCUACUCCCUUUUGGUGCGACGGGUGUAGAGAAAUCGGGGUUGGAAUCAGAUUCAAAUGUGAGUCUUGUUAUUAUAGGCUCCAUGAGAUGUGUUUUUACCUCCAAUGGAAGUGCAAGUCUUUUGCCAAUCCGCCAACCACCACAAACGCAAAUUUCCCCGGAAAAGUGUUCCAAUUCAUUCCCCAACAUCCGGGUAACAGCCCGGGUCAAGUGUGCUCUCCGUGUGGAAGGGAUGUAUGA